AAGAGCAUUUCUCAUUUUUAAAAAUUAAAAUCAUUAUCGUAAAAAAAUUAAAAUAUUUAUUUUGUAAUUAAAAAUGUUAGUUAGAUUAUUACUUAUAUUUAUUACUUUACUAACAAUAUAUUUGUGGUCUAAUAUUAAUAAAUAUAAAUUACAUUGGAAACUUGGCGGACCAUUUGGAUUACCAUUCCUUGGAAGUGCUUUAAAAUUUUUACGUCUUGAAUCAUUUUUGAAGAAUUUGAGCGAAUUUGAAAGAAGACAUGGAUCUCCAUAUUGUUGUUGGCUUGGUUCAAUUUCUUUUGUAGUAAUAAGCGAUCCUGAUUCAAUGCAAACAAUUCUAACAUCUGAAAAUUGUACAACAAAAACUUUCUUCUAUAAAUUUUUGAGUAAAUAUAUUGGUGAUGGCUUAUUUACCUCGAGUCCUCCAAAAUGGAAUAACCGCGUGAAGUUUAUGAAACCAGCAUUUAAAAAUAAAAUCUUAGGAAGCUUUUAUCCGGAAUUUAACAAACAAGGAGACUAUUUUUUGCAAAUUUUUAGCGAAAACAUGAAAAAUGAAAAUUUUUCAAUUUUUAACAAUCUUAAAAAUAUGACCUUGAACACUACACUACAAACGGUCAUAGGAGAUUACAGCAAAAACAAAAUUGAUGAAGCUGAUGAAAUUCUCUCAUCUGUGGAAAGUGUAAUGCAUGCCAUGAUACAUCGAACUUAUAGUCCUUGGCUGUACAUGGAUUUUCUUUAUGAGAAAACUGGAAUUUAUAAAACAACAGCAAAUAAAGUGGAGUCAAUAUUUAAGUUUUUCAACAAGAAAUUGGAUAUGAAACAAGAAGAAUUGCACAAAAAAGAUGGUGACUUUAAGAAAAAAUUAGCUUAUGAUGAUGAUCUUGAAGAUGAUGAAACUUUAGCAUUACAAACACCAAGCUCAUUUUUUGAACAUUUGUUAACAUACGGUGAUAGUAAUAACAUGACACGAACAGAUGUUCUAGAGGAGGCAGUGGUUGUUCUUGCAGCGAGCUAUGAAACAACUGCUGUUGGAACAUAUGUAGUAUUGAUGUGCUUAGCAACACAUCUUGAGAUUCAAGACAAAUUAUACGAAGAAUUGUUAGAAAUUUUACCAAAUAAAAAUGUUAAAUUAGAUCAAAAUAAUCUUAAAGAAUUAGUUUAUUUACAAAUGUGCAUUGAUGAAGCACUAAGAGUAAUACCACCAGUUCCACUUGUUGGACGUCAUUUAACAACAGAUAUUAAAUUGAAAAAUGGUAUUAUUAUACCUAAAGGAACUGAUGUUAUUUUAGAUAUAUUUAGUAUGCAAAGAAAUACUAAAUAUUGGGGACCAAAAGCAAAAUCAUUUGAUCCUGAUAAUUUUCUACCAGGGAAUAAACGUCAUCCAUAUUCAUAUGUACCUUUUACUAAAGGACAAAGAAAAUGUAUAGGUUUCAAAUAUGCAAACAUGGUGAUGAAAACAUUUUUAGCAAAAUUAUUUAGAAAUUAUAAAAUAACUGCUGACAUAAAAUUUGAAGAUUUAAUAUUUAUACACAAUAUUUCAAUGAAAUUCCAAAAAGAUAUAAAAUUCAAAAUUGAAUUGCGUGACAAAUAAGUUUCUUUUUAUAUAAUAUAAGUAAUUGUAUUUUGGAAUAUGUAACAGAAUAAGUAGGUACUUUAGGUAGGAUAUGUUAAUUAAAAUGUUAAAUAGUUUUUGAAAUAAAUUAAAAAAAAACAAGAGUGAGAAAUAAAUUUAUUACAAAGAUGUUUUUUAACAUUAAAUAUAUUUUUAAUAUUUUAAAUAUACCUUUCCCAUAUGAUCUUACAUUGAUAUACGGUCAAUUUUAUACUUUACAGAAUACGGCCAAUUUUGCAGAAUUAACAUAAGAGAAAAAAUGUAAAAUGUUUUCGUGAUCAACACUAAAAAAAUUCUUUAUUAAAAUCAAGAUAAAUAUUAUGUGCGGAAACUAAAAUCGAUAUUAAAUUAGGUAAAAUAUGAGGAGCUCAGAUCUUGAAUUAAUACAACCUCAUAUUAAAAUAUAUAUAAUGAAAUUUGAAAUUAUUACUGAUCUGUAUAGAAAAACUGAAUAUAUUUUCUACUCACACACACUAUUAAAGGGAUUCUAAAGUUCAAAGCUGAUUAUAUUGC